AUGAACGGCCACCGGCCACCAAGAAGAUCUGCCCCUACUUUCUCUUUGUCUCCUCCAAAACUCAAUGGUGGUAACCAGAAACAUGGUGAUGAUGAUGAUGAUAAUGGUGGCACUAUUGAUCAAUUUCCGGGAGGCAGCCCAUCAAUCAAGGCCGAGCUGGAGCCUCGUCGCCGGAGGAUGCCAGUGGCCGAGGAACGACCCAACUGCCCUGUCUCUCGCCGGCUGCCCUGCGCCCCCCUCAAGGUGAUCGUGGUGAUGUUCCUGGUCGUCGUGGCCCUGUGCUAUUUAUUCUCCCAGAGCCAGACCCUGAAGUCGCCGGCACCCAGCGGAGACACUGCUGUUCUAGGGGACAUAGCUGAGCUUCAGUUAAUUCACACAGGCGCACGGCUGGACCCACAGCUGCACUGGCAGGGGGAUCCCGCCCUGGGGCGCUCCUUCUUGCUGGGGCCACAGGUGGACGGCCUAGGUCAGGUGCACAUUCAGCACAAGGGCAUUUACCGGCUACACAUCCAAAUGACGCUGCUCAACUGCUCUUCCUCCUGGCCCGAGGCCGUGCACCCCUCGCCCACCCUGGUCCUGGGCAUCUGCUCCCCCAGCGCCCGGACCAUCAGUUUGCUGCGACUUCCAUUCCAAAAUGGCUGCCUCGUCGCCUCCCAGCGCCUGACGCCUUUGCUCCCGGGAGAUGUUCUCUGCACCAACCUCACCCUGCCCUUCCAGCCUUCGCCCAAUGCAGAUGCCACCUUCUUUGGGCUGCAGUGGAUCCACCACUGA